GGUGGUAGUAGUCUCGCAGCGUUUGUGCCGUCCGGCAAGUUGCUAAUCAUUUUUAUUUUUUCGUUUUUUCGGGUGAAAAGCUGCUGUUGGAUUUGGAUUGGUGGUCGGUAUCAUCGAUACUGCAGCCGGGGCGGUGUACUUUUACUUUUGAGCGUCUUCACUUUUCUACGUGAAGCCAGUGUUGUGAAAUUCGGAUUUUUUUUUUCAUUUUGGGAAUAUUUCCCAAGCAAUCAAGAAGUGACCACAAUGGGCCAGCACGUGUCCAGAACGGAUUUCGAGUGGUGUUACACCGAGGAACCGCACGCCAGCCGAAGGAAGAUUAUCCUGCAAAAGUAUCCGCAGAUCAAGAAGUUUUUCGGUUAUGAUCCGCGGUUCAAGUUUGUUGCUGGUGCCAUGGUGCUAACGCAGUUUGCGAUGUUGUUCAUAAUGAAGGACCAAUCGUGGAAGAUGAUUUUCCUGGUGGCAUAUUUCUUUGGAGGGGUGAUUAAUCAUUCGCUAGAGCUCGCCUGUCACGAGAUUGCUCACAAUCUGGCGUUUGGACAUGCAAGGCCGAUGGCAAACCGGCUGUUUGGAUUUUUCUGCAACCUCCCGAUCGGAUUGCCCAUGUCGGUGAGCUUCAAGAAAUAUCAUUUGGAACAUCACCGGUACCAGGGGGACGAAACAAUCGAUACGGAUUUGCCGACUCUUCUGGAAGCGAAACUAUUUUGCAACACGUUCGGGAAGUUUCUUUGGGUGUGCAUGCAGCCACUGUUCUACAUAUUCCGACCGCUGAUUGUUAACCCGAAGCCAGUGGAGAAACUGGAGGUUGUAAAUGCCAUCAUCCAGCUUACAUUCAAUACGAUUGUGGUGUAUUUCUUCGGCUGGAAGGUGAUGAUUUAUCUAGUGGCGGGAUCCCUGAUGGCGAUGGGCAUGCAUCCGGUUGCGGGCCAUUUCAUAUCCGAACACUACAUGUUUGCGAAGGGAUUCGAAACCUACUCCUACUACGGACCGCUGAAUUGGAUUACAUUCAACGUUGGCUAUCACAAUGAACAUCACGACUUUCCGGCCGUUCCCGGUCGGUACCUUCCGGAAGUGAAGCGAAUCGCACCGGAAUUCUACGAUACCAUCCCGCAGCACAAAUCGUGGAGCAAAGUGCUGUAUGAUUUCAUCACCGAUCCGGCCAUAGGACCAUACGCACGAAUCAAGAGGAAGGCGAAGGGACUGGACUCCUAAGUAGCAUCCCCAAAAUAGUAACGAGCACCGCAUCCGUUACGCAUCACCUCGUAGGCGUAGCACCGUGUUGAUAAGGAUGCACUUGUAUAAAGGUAACAUUUCUCCGCUUGACCUCUUGUAUAAAAAGAAGAACGAAGAAAACAAAAGAAUAAGACCGACUUCUACUAUAUAUUUAUGUGAGUAUUAACAGAUAGGCAAAUCCGAGAGGUGAUACCCGUUAACUAGAGUUUUUUUAUGUAUGUUGAUUGAAUAUUCGGACCGAGACCGAGCGUAAGCAUAUUGUUAACUAUUCGCAUCGUGAGAGUUUAGUUUGCAGCAAAUUGCACGGCUUUAUCGCUAUUAUUUAGAUAUACGACCUGAGCAAGCCAGCACGAGUGUGGUUUUGCAGGACAGUUACAAUAACAUGCAGGAUAUUACUUGGUGGUAUGUUGUUUUUUGAACUGGUACAAACUUUAUGCACUUUCGUCAUAUCUUUUUUUUUUUAAUUUUCGAGUCAUUAAUGUUAAAAGUUGAAUGAGUAACGAGUGACGAUUUUAUUGGCAAAGCUAGAGUAUUUUCUUUCCCAGCUGUUUCCGGUUAACGGAAAAUAAGGGAUGAAUUUUACAGAAAAUUUGUGUACAAUCUCGGAGAAAUACAUCUAGAUAGCAUUUUCUACAAAACGUCCUACUAGGAGUCACUGAACGUUGAAUUCGAUGUUAACCAACUGAACUGUUUAUAAGUCAAGUAUUGAGGAAGUAAACUGACGAUCUGUGCAGGAAUUAAUGUGAAAAAAAACCAAACAAACCGUUGCUUAAUAGAUAACUAUUAUAUUUCAAAUGAAAUGAGCUGAUUGUAAUACGAAAAAAAAAACCUGGACCGCGUCCACUAACAAA